AUGGACGAGUACGAAUACCUCCAGCCCGGGUUCGACCCGAAAUCGCUGACGGUCCCCCGCCUGCGAUCGAUCCUCGUGGCGCACGAAAUUCAAUACCCCUCGACAGCAAAGAAGCCUCAGCUUGUCGAUCUCUUCAACGAAGAGGUCUUGCCUCAAGCGAAGAAGAUUCUGGCAAAGCAGGCUAGAGCCAAGCGGUCAAGCAAAGGGAUCGUGGAUAUGGGAAGCAAUCACGAAAGCGAGUCUUUUGAUGAUUACGACCUCGCCCCGCCACCACGACGCAGGACGACCCGAUCGCAGUCUCCGCGCAAGGCUUCCACCCGAGUUAAGAGCGAGGAGUAUGAACAACAGCCGCCGGCCCCGAUCAGCCCAACGAAGAGGAAGGUGCGAGCAAGCAGCCGGCAACCUGUGGAGCCUGAGCCGUACUACGAGCCUGAGCAGGUUGAGCAGUUGGAGCGGUUUGAGCAGCCUGUGUUUGAGCAAGCAGAGCCGCCCAAGUCGGUCCGCACCAAGCGCAACGUGACCCCUCACAUCAAGCAAGAAGAGUCCGAGGAGGACUUUUUCAAGAAGCGGAGGGAGUCUGAGUACUUCUCGAUGGACAACCCGUUCCAGAGCGGCAGCUCGCCGGCACCCAUCAAGACCCCUGCUACGGGACGCAGGAGAACUGGACAGGAUCUUUUCCAGAACGACAGUGUACGACGACGAACGGACGGCCAUUACGCCGAAGAGCGACCGAAGUCAUCCACGAAAUCACAGGCCUUUGAGGUCCCUGUUAGUACAUUGUUGCGCGAAGAGACCCCAGAGUAUCAGCCGGCUGAAAUUGUCGAGGCUGGCGAAGAGUUCACUCCGGAUGCUCAAUUUGAAAUGGAGCAGGAGAUGGCGGCAAGUGGUGAAAGUGCUCUGGCACCCCGCCGUACGCCAGCCCGUCCCAGAAGAAGUCUCGCCAAGCCUUUCUGGGCCCUGGCUGUCUCUUUGCUUGGAGCCUACGGCGCUUGGUACCGUCAAGAGAAGGUGGCUGUUGGAUACUGUGGACUAGGCCGUCCCGCGAUGCAAAUCAUCCCCGCGGAUAUCCCCGUCCCUGACUGGGCGGUCCAGCUGGCUGAGCCUCAGUGCGAGCUGUGCCCUCAGCACGCUUACUGCUAUGAGGACUACUCUGUCCGCUGUGAGCCCGACUUCAUCCUGAAGCCGCACCCACUUGCCCUUGGUGGCCUGGUCCCCUUGCCCCCAACAUGUGAGCCCGACGGUGAGAAGGUCCGAAGGGUGAAGGCUGUGGCCGACAAGACAGUCGAAGAGCUCCGAGAGAGGCGGGCCCAGUUUGAGUGCGGUGAUUCUACCGACGAAGCCCAGCAGGCACCGGAGGCCCCCGCGAUUGAUGAGGAGGAGCUUAAGAAGGUCAUCAGCGCAAAGAGAAGCAAGAAGAUGAACAAGCAGGAGUUUGACGACCUGUGGGUUGCCGCUAUCGGGGAUGUCAAGGGUCGCGAGGAAGUGGAAGUUGUUCCUUACUUUUACGUGCGCUCCAAGUACAGAUCCCAUAAGGCGACUGUGGCCCAGGUCCCAGCGCUUGUUGAUCUCGUUCUGGCUCGGCUGGCAACGCAGAAGGAACUCGGUGAGGAAGAGAUCGACGACCCUUGGCUCUUCCUGCCCAACCUCCGCGAUGACGUUCUCCGCUCUGUGCACUCGCUCGGCGAGCGUGAUCGCAUCUGGAAGCGUGUCAAGGCUGUUGUUGAGCAAAACAGCAACGUGAGAACUAGCCAAAGAGAAGGACGCAGCGGCGAGGUUGGUCGCGCUUGGGAGUGGAUCGGACCUAUUACGGGAGACACUGCUAGACGGCGUAAGAGCGGAAGGAUUUCCUUUGGCGCGGGACCGGACGUCAAGACAGAAGAUACCCCUGAUGCGGCGGAGAAGGCUGGCGCUCACUCGAAAUGGGAAGAGUCGCGACCUAUCUACUGA